CCACCAUCUCCAGUCAGAUCUCCGGAUCAGUCCCACAUGACAUCGUGAACAGGGACAACAAGGUAGACAACAGACACACUCAAACUGCUGACGGUAAUUCUCAUCAUUUUUGUAACUGGGCUGGGAGAAGACCAGAUUUCAUGGUAAGCACAUGUGUGCUAUAUAUGCCCUUCAGUGUGUGAGCAGAGCUUUUUGCGUUCAGUGUACGUGUACUGUAUCACAGCUUCUGUCAGUGUUGACCUGCUGUACAGUCCUAUGCUUCUGUCUGUCAGCAGCCUUCACCAAAGCACGUUUGGUUCAUUGAAAAUCGAACUCUGUCCUCCAACAGUAGACUGGAUUGAGAGAAAAAACACAUAUUUGCAUAUUACAUAAGUAGUAGGUACAGGUGUAACAUGAUGUGUGUUCACCCUGAGUCAUUUGAACUUUGAUUUCAAAGAGGUCAGGACAUUGUCUUCAUCGGUGUCUUUAGGUGGUGUGCGAGUCCAAUAUGGGUCAACUUUGAGGGCCCCAUCUCCUGAACGGUUGAGAGUAGUCAUACACAUUGUACCUUUAAAGGGUCAGUUUACCCAAACCACAAGACUGCACAUGUUUUCAUUUAGUGGUUUCUCUCAAUUCCGAGUUUGGUUUUAUUUGUCCAGGUUUGGAGAUAUCUGUCUGUGAGAUUUCUGCCUCCACCUGAUACACUGGAGGUGAAUGAAAAAUAGUUUGUGGUGUUCACACAAUUAGAUGUGUCACUUUUCAGAAACAAUGGCCCAUUUACACAGGUCAGUCCACGGACGUCACUGACAGCACUCAUCUCUGGUAUUACUUGCUAAGAAGAAGCUCCAAUGAGAAGUGUUGACCUCAACUUCUGAUCCAGAUUAACAGGUAGACUGUCUCUGGAAUGAAACUUAGCUGUUAAAAUUUAACAAAUGUCAUUUUUCAGUGCUCUAAUUGCCACAAAUGAUGAGUAUUAUGGUGGAAUUUGGGCCAGAUUUAGUGCUGCUCUGUACUGUUAUGGAGCACUUCUGUGACUGAAGCACUUUUAUGUUGCUUGUUUCUGAAUGUGCAUUCACAAAUAUAUGUGCUUAGCUGUUCUGCAGCUUUCUGAUAUUGUAGCAGGUUUCAUUUCUUGCAUUUGCUUGGAUAUUUGUAUCAGCAUAGUUUUUGAGAUGGCAGUGCAUUUCUCUUAUCGCAGUUGGCUGGGCUCUUUGUGUGUUUGCACCUAUCUGCCACCAAAUACAGAAUGGUUACAUUGUACUAUUUGAUGAUGUCAGUUUCAAUGUCAGAUUUGUCACUUUUAAUAAAAUACAAUAUUAAACAGUAAGAAAGAUGUAAAGGUAACUUCUGUUUCAUGUGAGCUACAUGUGUUUCAUCUGUGUAUGGCCUGUGUACUCGUGUCUUGUGUGUUUAACCUCCAGGUUUCCAAGCGGCUGAAUCUCAGGAACCUUCCAGCUCUCAGAUACGGGGCGCAGGUCAGGAUGUUCCAGAACCAGGUUCCUCUGCUACCAGGAGAGACCAUCCAAACUACAGUCAAGGAUGUGAUGUAUAUCUGUCCAUUCAGCGGUCUGGUUAAUGGAACCCUGACCAUCACAGACUACAAGCUGUACUUCACAAGUGUGGAAAGGGAGUCUCCAUUCAUUCUUGAUGUGAACCUGGGAGUCAUCAGCAGACUGGAGACCAUCAGUGUUCCCAACCAGGGAGAGAACACCAAAGGACUGGAGCUGGUCUGUAAGGACAUGAGGAGUCCCAGGUUUGCCUAUAAGACGGAGGACAGCCAUCCAGAUGUGGUGGAGGUGAUGGCCAAACAUGCCUUCCCCCUCUCCCACAACCUGCCCCUGUUUGCCUUUAUAUACAAGGAGCAGUUUCCUGUAGAUGGCUGGAAGGUUUACGACCCAACAGCAGAGUACAAACGUCUGGGCCUCCCUAAUGAGAGCUGGACCAUCAGUAAGAUGAACAGCACCUAUGAGCUGUGUGACACGUAUCCCUCCAUUCUGGUCAUCCCCACUAACAUCACUGAUGAAGACAUCAAACGAGUGGCUGUGUUCAGAGCCAAACACCGCAUACCGGUCUUGUCCUGGAUUCACCCAGAGUCUCAGGCCACCAUCGUACGCUGCAGCCAGCCGUUAGUCGGACCUUCAGACCGUCGCUGUAAAGAGGACGAACGCUAUCUCCAAAUCAUCAUGGAUGCCAACGCCCAAUCCCACAAGCUCACCAUCUUUGAUGCCCGGCAGAACAGUGUAGCAGACACCAACAAGGCAAAGGACGGAGGGUAUGAAAAUGAGAGUUUCUACCCAAACAUGGAGCUGAACUUCCUGGAAAUCCCCAACAUCCAUGUGAUGAGGGAGUCUCUGAGGAAGAUGAAGGACGUGGUUUAUCCCACCAUAGAUGAAGCCCACUGGCACUCUGCUAUUGACCAGACGCACUGGCUUGAGUACAUCCGGCUGUUAUUAGCAGGAGCAGCAAAGAUAGCUGAUAAGCUGGAGUCUGGGAAGACGUCUGUGGUGGUUCACUGCAGUGACGGCUGGGACCGAACGGCUCAGCUCACCUCUCUGGCCAUGCUGAUGCUGGACAGUCACUACCGCACUCUCAGAGGAUUCCAGGUUCUGGUGGAGAAGGAGUGGAUUAGUUUUGGACACAAGUUUGCUGCUCGUGUGGGUCACGGUGAUGAAAACCAUGCUAACUCAGAGCGCUCGCCUCUCUUCGUCCAGUUCAUUGAUUGUGUUUGGCAGAUGACUCGCCAGUUCCCAGCUGCCUUUGAGUUCAAUGAGCUGUUCCUGAUCACAGUGCUGGACCACCUCUACAGCUGUCUGUUUGGUACAUUCCUCUACAACAGUGAACAGGAGAGGGCAGCAGAGGACGUGCAGACCAAAGCUGUGUCCCUGUGGUCCUACAUCAACAGCCAGCCUGAGGACUUCACCAACCCCUUCUAUGUGGACUAUGAGCACCAUGUUCUGUAUCCGCUGGUUUCCUCCAGACAUCUGGAGCUGUGGAGCAGCUACUACGCCCGCUGGAACCCACGCAUGAGACCACAGGUGCCGGUGCACCAGACACUGAAGGAGUUGCUGAUCCUCAGAGAGGAGCUCCAGAGGAGGGUGGAGGAGCUGCAGAGAGAGGCCUCCUCUCACUCCCUGUCCUCCUCCACUGAACACUCCCCCUCACACAAAACAGGAACUCCACUGCACACUGUGGUCUGACACACACACACACACACACACACACACACACACACACACACACACACACACACACAGUUCAAUCCAUGUUUUAGCCUAGGUAUAAGUACUGAAGAUGAGAGUGUUUACAGUGUGAGGGAGGCUUUACAGAUACAUUCCUAAACACAAACAUCUCUAUGUAUGUUUUUAGCAAAGUGAACCGAUCUCCUUCAGGUGUCUGUGAAGUGAAACAAAGUAUUUAAAGAGAGUAUUAAAAACUAGCUUGUUACCUAAUUCAGUGGUUCUCUAACUUUUUCUGCCAUUUCCCCCCCCCCACCACACAUAAACAGAUCAUUAACAAUAGUGGAGCAACAAAUCAAAAAGAUGAUGGAUUCAAUAAAUGAAAGGAUUCAGGUCAGCACUAUAGCCUCAGCCAACUCAUAAAUAAAUCUUACAUGUUCAUUCAACUUAGUUGCGCUCCAUAUUUUUGUUCUGGUUGUCCAAGUCCCCCUAGUAGUGGUUCUGUGUUGUCCCGGGGGGGCCAACACCCCAGUUUGAGAACCAUUGAGCUAAUAGAACCUUCCUAUGCUUAUUAUUUAUAUUAUUUAAAAAUUCAGAAAUGCCAGCUCACCCUGUACUAUGGGAAUCUUCUGAUCCCCUUCAGACUUGAUUCUCAGUUCAGUAAAGUGUUUUUAUUUUUGUAUGAAGAAUUUCUACUCUUUGUCUCAGGGCUCUGUUAGUCACAUGAGUGCAGGAGGUGGCCAGUAACAUAUUCCAAAUGACUGCAGUUAGCUGGAGUGCUGAACUAAAGUCACUGCAUGAUCCCUCACACUUUCCCUGUCUCACACUGUCUGAGUGAUCCCAGCUCCGUCACUGAGAGACGGCUGUGUUUCCCCUCUUCAUUACCUGCACACUGCUUUAUUGUACAUGUUUUUUGUUUCUUUUACGUUGUGUAUGUGCCAACCAUGUCCCAGGUCCCACAUCCCCAAAGUGUGCUUUUCUGUUCUUCUCUCAUUGCCAACCACUUUGUCCUUUACUGCAUAAAAUCACUUGAAUUCCUACUCAGUGUUUCUCACAAGUGAAGUAAAGGUCUGUGUAUGUCGAGCUCUUCUGAAACUAUAAACUGUGUGGAUUCACUGACUGAAAGAAGCACAUUUUGGUACAUUUAAAGCCAUGUUCAAACAUCAGAGUGUGCUGUGUGAUUUAGAUUUUUAGAACAGCCAAGAUUUUCCAGCCCAAACCUUCAAAAAUGCAGCUGAACUACAUUCAGAAGAAAUCACUGUCAGAUACUCUGUCAUUAUGUCCAAAACAUACCUGUUUUGAAGAUAAUCCACUGACCCCUAAUAGAUAACUGUUCCAUUGGUGUGUUUCUGAUGAGUAGCAGGCACCUCAGCCUCUGGCUGAAUGUGAAGUAUACCAGUACAACCAUUUACUGACGGAGGUUUUGACUUCUUAAGUUUCCUUUCUUUACGAGUGUGGAGAUGAGUGAUGACCACGACAGAGCCGCUGUGGUUCUGUGUUGGUUCCUCUCAUGUCUAAGGUGCUUUAUGAGAGGUUUUUGGCAGGUUUCACUGCAUACCUAGAAGAAACUGCAGUGAAAAAGUGCUUUCUGUUACAGUAGUGCCGUGCCAGCCGAUCAUGAAAACUAUCACAUGACCAGCCAAUAAUAUGAGUGCUAAUCAUGGUUCCAACUGUCCUCAUGUUGCCUUAAUUUCAGAGUGCGGUUAUUUACAGUAACUAACAGGUGAGCUAAACAGAUCAAUCCUCUGUGUUCCAAGAACCAAAUUAGCUGGAUGGGAAUGAACAGGAUAACUUUAGCUGGCUAACAUCAUGCCUGGAUUAGUUAAACCACACAAGAGCAGGACACACAUCAGUUUAACCCUCUCACACCGGUCUUAUUUUUUGUAUUGUACAGUGUUUUGACAUCCCAUUAUUCUAAUGUAAUAUAACCUAUAAAUCACACUGUCUACCUGUGGCAUGGGAUCAUGUGAAUCGUGUCUUUUGACAAUGUAAUUAAUGUGUCUGUCAAUUUCCAUUUUAAAAAUAAAUAAAUAAA